GCAGCAUUCAGAGAACAGUUAACAUUCCCCAACCGUCUACAUCAAACAAAAUGGCAGAUUACACUCUCUAUACCUACUUCAGGUCAUCCUGUUCCGCUCGCCUCCGCAUCGCCAUGAAUCUAAAAUCGAUCCCGUACGAGAUGGUACCUGUCAACAUCCUCAAGAAUGAGCAGCUGUCCGAGGAGCACAAGACUCUCAACCCGUCUGCAUCCGUUCCGGUCCUCAUAUGCCGCCAAUCGCAGGGCAACGCCUUCAAGAUCGGACAGUCGGUGGCCGCACUCGAGUACCUGGAGGAGCGACACCCGGAGACGCCCCUGCUUCCCUCUGACCUGGAGGCACGAUCUCUGGUACGCACACUGGUUGCAAUUGUAUGCUCGGAUAUCCAGCCGGUGACCAACCUUCGAAUCAUGCGCCGUGUGAGGGAACUGGGAGGAAACGCUGAGGAGUGGAACCGCGAGCUGAUGACGAACGGCUUACGGGCUUACGAAACCGUCGCUGAAAGGUCUGCGGGGAAAUAUUCUGUCGCAGAUGAGGUUUCUAUGGCGGAUGCGUGUCUCAUGCCUGCAGUUUGGAAUGCCGAAAGGUUUGGCGUCGACAUUUCGCAGUUCCCGGCGGUGGAGCGGAUUGCUGCGAACUUGAAGCAGCAUCCAGCAGUGAUUCGAGCUUCCUACUUCACUCAACCGGACACGCCAGAGGAGUUGAGGACGAAGUAGCUUGAAGAUCAAAUCAGUAGCAUGCAGAAUUCAAAACAAGAAUAAGAUUAGUAAAUCAGUG